CGCGCAUGCGCCCUCCCGACGCCGCCCGCCCGGGCGCGCCUGCGCCUUCCCAGCGUGCCCGGAGCGCGCGGGCGUCGGGCGCCGGAGUCUGCGAGCGGCGGCGGAGCGGCGGAGCGGCGGCCGAGGCCGGCGAGCUCCCGAGGAGACCGGGCGGCCCAGGCGGAGGACCGGAGCGGGGCCGCCCGCCCGCGCGAGCCCGCCGCCAUGAAGCCCCCCGCAGCCUGUGCUGGGGACGUGGUGGACGCAGCGUCCCCCUGCUCCACGGUGAAUCAUCUGCGCUGGGACCUGAGUGCGCAGCAGAUCCAGGCUCUGACCAAGCAGCUCAUCGAGGAGACUAAGAGUGUGUACGACCGCGUGGGCGCCCAGGACUUUGAGGACGUGUCCUAUGAGACCACACUGAAGGCGCUGGCUGAUGUGGAGGUGACUUACACGGUACAGAGGAACAUCCUGGACUUCCCCCAGCACGUGUCCCCGUCUAAGGACAUCCGCACAGCCAGCACAGAGGCCGACAAGAAGCUCUCGGAGUUCGAUGUGGAGAUGAGCAUGAGGCAGGAUGUCUACCAGAGGGUCGUGUGGCUGCAGGAGAAAAUCCCAAAGGAUUCCCUACGGCCCGAGGCUGCUCGCUACCUGGAGCGGCUGAUCAAGCUGGGCCGGAGGAAUGGGCUCCACCUACCUCAGGACACGCAAGAGAAGAUCAAGGGCAUCAAGAAGAAGCUGAGCCUGCUGUGUAUUGAUUUCAACAAGAACUUGAAUGAGGACACCACCUUCCUGCCCUUCACACGAGAGGAGCUGGGCGGGCUCCCCGAGGACUUCCUGAACUCCCUGGAGAAGACGGAGGAUGGCAAGCUGAAGGUCACCCUCAAGUACCCCCAUUACUUCCCGCUGCUGAAGAAGUGCCAUGUGCCUGAGACACGGCGCCUGGUUGAGCAGGCCUUCAACUGCCGCUGCAAGGAGGAGAACUGUGCCAUUCUGAAGGAGCUGGUGUCCUUGCGGGCACAGAAGUCCAGCCUUCUGGGGUUCCGUACACAUGCUGACUACGUCCUGGAGAUGAACAUGGCCAAGACCAGCCAAACAGUAGCCACCUUCCUUGAUGAACUGGCACAGAAGCUGAAGCCGCUGGGUGAGCAGGAGCGCGCGGUGAUCCUGGAGCUGAAGGAGGCGGAGUGCGCCAAGCGGGGCCUGCCUUUCGACGGGCUCAUCCACGCGUGGGACAUGCGCUAUUACAUGAACCAGGUGGAGGAGACGCGCUACCGUGUGGACCAGAACCUGCUGAAGGAGUACUUCCCGAUGCAGGUGGUCACGCGUGGGCUGCUGGCCAUCUACCAGGAGCUGCUGGGGCUGACGUUCACGCUGGAGGACGGAGCCGCCGCCUGGCAUGAGGACGUACGGCUGUACUCAGUGCGUGACGCUGCCUCUGGGGAGGAGAUCGGCAAGUUCUACCUCGACCUGUACCCCAGGGAAGGGAAGUACGGCCACGCGGCCUGCUUCGGCCUGCAGCCUGGCUGCCUGCGACAGGACGGUAGCCGGCAGCUGGCCAUCGCAGCCAUGGUGGCCAACUUCACCAAGCCCACGCCGGACACGCCGUCCCUGCUACAGCAUGAUGAAGUGGAGACUUAUUUCCAUGAGUUUGGCCACGUCAUGCACCAGCUCUGCUCACAGGCGGAGUUCGCCAUGUUCAGUGGGACCCACGUGGAGCGUGACUUCGUGGAGGCGCCGUCCCAGAUGCUGGAGAACUGGGUGUGGGAAAAGGAGCCACUGGUGCGCAUGUCCCAGCACUACCGAACGGGCAGCGCAGCCCCUCAGGACCUGCUGGAGAAGCUCAUCAAAUCACGCCAGGCCAACGCAGGUCUCUUCAACCUACGGCAGAUCGUCCUGGCCAAGGUGGACCAGGCCCUGCACACACAGACAGACGCAGACCCGGCUGAGGAGUAUGCCCGCCUCUGCAAAGAGAUCCUCGGGGUGCCAGCCACACCAGGGACCAACAUGCCGGCCACCUUUGGCCACCUGGCUGGCGGCUAUGAUGCGCAGUACUAUGGCUACCUGUGGAGCGAGGUCUACUCCAUGGACAUGUUCCACACGCGCUUCAAACAAGAGGGUGUGCUGAGCCCCAAGGUUGGCAUGGAUUACCGGACCAGCAUCCUGAGGCCAGGGGGCUCUGAGGAUGCCAGUGCCAUGCUGAAGCGGUUCCUAGGCCGUGACCCCAAGCAGGACGCCUUCCUCCUGAGCAAGGGCCUGCAGGUGGAGGGCAGUGAGCCGCCUGCCUGCUGACCACAAGCCAGCCCGCCGCCCUGUGCCUUAGCCUAGCCCAGGUGGGGCGGCCUCAGCGGCCCUAGGGCCUGUGGAUGAGCUGGGGCAGGGUUCCAUCCUUGUCACGCCCUGGCUCAAGGUCCCCGUCCUCAGGGCCUGGCCUCUGGCUGCCCUGGUGGUCUCCUUGCACUAGCCCCUCCCCAGCACCUGGUGUUGGACACAGUUGUGAUGCAGCCAUUAAAUUGGUAGAGGGCCCCUGCCCGCCCUCCCCGUCUGCUCCACGUGUCCCCAGUGCUCUGGACUGUGACAUUCUCGGGUCACGUGACAGCCCAGCUGUGGGAGGGUGCUAAGGGAGGGUGCCAGGGUCACCUGCCCAUUGUGUCGCUCAGGGUCAUUGUGUCUGGUCUCAACAACCAGCUUCUGGACCUUUCCAGGGGCAGGCUGCAGGGAAGACUUGGUCAGGGUCUGCCACCUGCUGGCUGUGUACAGUGUUGCAACCUCUAGCCACCAUUAAAACUGCAUUUAAAGACAG